AUGGCAAAAGACACAGAGCCACCGAAGUGGAGGAUAUUGGUAUCUUCUGGUCAGUCCGAUGGGAAUACAUCUGCUCGGCCGGAUCCACAGCAGUUAAAGCCGGGGGCAGCUGUAGGGCACCUAGUGGAAGUGUCCCAUAAUAUGGUUCUGGAUGUCUUAUGGAGACAGAUGUUAGGAACAUUGUAUAUGGAAAAGGUUUGCCCGGAGGAGCAUGCAAAACAUCAAUGGUGGGUCCUAGAGGCACUACCUGCAAACUAUCAGCUAUAUACGCAUCGCAAGCCGAAUCCCGAAAAGCUGACGGCAAAACAACUGGCAUCUACUGGUCUCUUUUUUGGUCUCAGAGCCGGCAAUUCCAACCUGGCUUUCCAAUCGCCCCAGGAUUUCUUACCACAUCUUAUAUGGCUAGAAAGCGACAAGAGUAAAGCAUGUACUUGUCGUCAUUGCAACAGGCCCCCAGAGCCUACUCCGGUCAAUGGGCAGCUCCCCUACCCGAUCCUGUUGAAACUCAUGCAGGCUGAUUCUAACCCUGCGAGUGGCCUGUAUCGACCUGGCGAGAUGGUAUGGGCAAACCCUAACGACACUUACCCUGUGAUCUCCAUCGUGGCGAGCAGGGUUCUAGCGGAAGGUGCAGAGGCAACGUAUCAAUUAGUCCCUCUUAAGUCGCCCCGCAUUAUCAACCGACCACCCUUCACUCUGCCAGAGAGUCGCCUUCGCCCUUGGCUAUCAUACACGCCACCUGACCCUCUGCAGCCAUCGAUCUCACAGCGGAAGUACCAAGUCAAGUGGGCGGAGAUCAAUUGGCAGGAAUGGAAUCGCCAGGAUGCGGAAUUGCAUGAUGCAAGUAUCAUCGCAAGUAUCCGCAUCGCCUGCAACAUCGGCAUCACCACGUGUGCUACCGAAACGGGUGAAAUUAUAAUCCCUUGUCUAUGGCUAGGGGCUGAGAAGAUUUGGCGGAACGAGGAAGUCCGCGUUAUGACACCUGAGAUUGAAGGCCAGAAGGGUAUGGACGUGCUUGUGAUCAAGGAUAUUACUCGAGACGGUAACAACGGCUUGUUCUUCCAGGGCAAUGUCUACUGUAAAAUCCUGCAUCCUCUGCAACCGCAGCAGUUUCCGGACCCGCCGCCGACACCUAGAAUGCAACAGGAUGCGGCGAGCAUUGGGUGCCGCUGGUAUUUAAAAUAUCCAAAUGUCCAAAUCAACGCCAUGGAGAUCAAGGGGAGAUGGUACCCAUCGUCUGUUCUACGGCCAAUAAUAAACCCUGCGGCCGAACCACCAGAUAAUACAUACUACGAUGUUAGCGUAUUACUCAAUAACAAUACGGACAUUCCAAACCAUAGUGGAGGUUGGAGGGUUAGUUCGAAUCGAGAAGAGCAUGUCCUUGGGAUCGGGCAUCUAGCCAAUAAUCAGCCCGCCGGUUGGAUUAACAUUGACGAUUGGAGAAGGCUGUAUGUGGAUGAUGCUAAGCAAUGGACUCUUGAAACUGCUCCGGUCCAGUCUAUCCCGGUCCAACAAGUCCAGCAAGCCCCGACAGUUCCAAACGCAGUUGAAACUACAAAACCGGCAAAGAAGGCUGCUACCACACGUAAAACGACCACAAAACGUGUCAGCACGAAAACCAAGCAGACUGCGCAAACGGUAGAAGAGCCACCAUCUGAACCGAAACUGCAGCAAUCUCCUGCUCCAGCUCAAGCCGCCGCUCAGGCUCAGGGUUCCACCGCGCCGUCGGAGCAGGAAGCUAAUAGGCAGCAGGCUGAGAACUACGACGAUAACCAUGAAGAUGAUUUUCUACGUCAGAUUGAACAGGACGGAGCCGAUUUCGAGAAGGCCGUUCAGGAGGGUGACCCCUGGGCUUUCUACGGCUAA